CCGCGAGACGACUCAGUCUCGUUCAAGCCACGCGACACUCGAACUACGUGUCGUAAUCGUGCGCUCCUCACCUGUACAGGUGCCUGCCAUCCUGGUCGCUCCUCGAGCUAGAGCCACGUGCUUCCCGCAUUUCUGAUCACGCCAUAGAUAUUACAAAUAACAGUCCUCCUGUAACAACAAAGACAGGCAGGCUAUCGAUCGACGUCGAUAAAUCUCGUCGAUAUGGAACAAGGCGGCGUCUCGGUUAUACCGAUCAGCACCAUCACGGACAGUUCGGUGGGCAAGUCGAAGAACAUUACAGGAAUCGCGCAAAGAUCGAGCUCGACCAUCCAAGCUGCCAAGGAAAAGCUGAAAUCUCCGUGGCUGAGCAAUUUGAUGAAAGAAGAUGCCUCCGGCUGGGAGACGCUCACACUUGCUCUCGGAGAGGCCAUUGGCACCGCUAUCUUGGUCUUCAUCGGAUGCACAGGUUGCAUUGGCAGCUUGGGCAUUAGUCCCUCCGUUCUGCAGGUCUCCCUAACCUUUGGCUUGGCUGUCAUGGUGGCCAUUCAGUGCGUUGGACACGUGAGUGGCGCCCACAUUAAUCCAUGCGUCACAGUGGCAUCCCUUAUCCUAGGAAAGAAGUCCCUGCCCAUGUGCCUACUCUACAUAGGCGCACAGUGUCUCGGAGCACUCAUAGGCUACGGUUUGCUCAGGGUGAUCACUCCGCUAGAGCUGAUAUACACCACUCCGGAAACAGGCUCCGGCAGUUUCUGCAUGACGGACAUACACGUGAAUCUGACCAAUUUCCAGGGUGUCAUGUCGGAGAUCAUAGCUACUGGGAUCCUGGUUUUCUUCACCUGUGGUUUAUGGGACUGUAGAAAUUCCAAGAACACAGAUUCAGCUCCUAUAAGGUUCGGACUGUGCAUCGCGGUGCUGUGCAUGGUGUUCGUACCAUAUACCGGGUGUAGUAUGAAUCCAGCGAGGACACUGGGUCCAGCUGUGUGGAACGGUUACUGGACCAACCAUUGGGUCUAUUGGCUGGGCCCUAUAACUGGCGCCAUCGUGGCAGCACUGCUCUACAGGUGCUUGUUCGUGUGCAACAGGGCGCAGAAUGAUUCUGGCCAGUGCGAGUAGGCGACCCGGACGAUGGAUGAUGAUGCGAGCAGAAUUGCAUUCCGGUUGGUCCGUGGUUCACAAUUCGAGCGAGAAAUCCUAAUCGUGUCGCGCAGACCGGAAGUGGAGGAGCUCUCACGCGGGACUAGGUGGAGGUCGAGGGAUGAGAGCCAUGCGGGGAGGACUCCUCGGUUGCUUUAGACUGAUUUCCAGCACGAUUCACAACGAUUUUCCUCUUCUACUUCUUCUGCGUCUUCUGCUUCGAUAUUUUUUCUUAAAUUUAGAACCACCGCGGAAUUCAGGUCAGGGUUUCUGUUAUUUUGACGGAAGGACCUCCAAACAAAGGAAGGGGGAGAUUACGGAGGAAAAAUAUAAUCUUCCUCGUACUCGUGAAAUCGUUUCUUUUUUCGAGAAAGAAAAACAAUCCGUUUGAGAAACAAAACUGUCGCGAAGCAGACAAAAAAAGAUUACGACAUUGCCUUUAAGAAAAUCUUUUUUCCUCGAUCUAUUGAUCGAGAUGAUUUUUUGUAAUAUAUAUUUAUAGCGCGUGUUCGGAUCGAGGAUGGUCCAGGAUGGACAUUCAGAGGGAC